GCGAGUGAGAGACGAUCAUCAUCUUAUUUUUGUGUGUCAGUCGAGCGCGCGGCUUCGAACACACAAACACAAGCAGCAGCAGUAGUGAGAGUGAGAAAGGGAGAGAAAAAAUAGGAGUGAGAGAGAACGUGCAGUCAGCAGUUUUGUGUAGUAGAGCGGCGGCAGCACAAGAAGAAGAAACCUCCGAAUCGACCAAAAAAACACUCUCGGACAUAGAAGUAGUAGCAGAAGCAGCAAGAAGUAGCAGUAAAAUAGCACGUAGAAGUAGCAAGUGGAGAGAUAUAAUAUAUAUUUCUGAUAUAAAGUGAGAUAGAGCAGCAGUAACAGCAGCAGAAGAAGCAAAUUUCAAAGGAAGAGGAACGGUGCCCGGUGCCCCGGUGCACGUCGGCGGCCGCCUCUGACGUCCGGAUAUUAUUUCUCUUCGCUACACACUUUCCAAGAUGGCUCCGUCUCCGGAGCUCGGGGGCCAACCGAAGGCCCCCGACAAAGUCCCCGGAGCAACGUCGGAGGCAUCGUCAUCAACAACAUCAUCUUCAUCGUCCGCAGCAUCAGCAGCAGCUGCUACUCCCACCGCCGGCUCAUCCUCGACUGCCGGCAACUCCUCGGCGGUGACUCCAGCAGUCGUCACAGGUGCCGCUGGAGCGGCCACCACAACAUCUCAGCAGCAGACUCCGCCGCAGAACACCAGCAAGAUCGAUAACAUGGCGGAGAGUGAUCUCAAGGCGCUUCUCGAGGAAGCCAUCACCUACAAACGUCCAAAGGAUCGGGAGCACAAGAGUGCAACGUUCAACGAACUUCUCGACAAAACGGAGAAGGAAGACCAGGAGCAAAACUUCCCGUUCACAAGCCGGCCGGUCCACUCGAAGCGGGCCUCGGGCCGACCCACGCAGGGCGGUUCCCUGCAGGAUCUCCAGGAGGCCGGCCUCAACGACUGCUACUCGGAGUUUCCGUUCGCGCCCGACUUCUACACGAACCUGGGCGGGUUGGGCGUGCAGAUGUCCCGGCGGCACCACGGCGGCAGUUCGUUCGGGCCGGGUGGCGGGGACCGCGUCAUCAACAACCCACGCACGCAAAAGCAACGCUACACGAGUUCGGUUUCGUCGCGGCAACGGGAAGGGGGCAGCCUGCCGAGCAACGUCAACGUCGAGUGUUCGUUCUUCAACGAUUCUUCCGCGUCGUCGGCUGGUGGGGGGACCACGAUUACCAAGUUUAAGAAGCGGGACGGAGCGAGUGGCGGUGCGAAGAGCGAUUACGGCACGAUGGUCCUGACGGCACCGUUGACGAGCGCCGGAGCUGCGGAACUGAUUGAGGCCGUGGCGGAAGCGGCGGGUGGGGCGGGGCUGUGCGGUGGCAUGAAGAACACGGAAUCUCACCUGAUUGAUGGGGGUUGCAUGGGAGCGGCAGCGGCGGCUGGCCACACCGUCAUCGACAUGGGCGAGCUGGAAUCUGACGAAACGCAGCGACUGCUGGACAACGAUGCGUUGCAGCAGAAUCUGUACGAUUCGGGGCUGGACGAUUUGGACGAAAGUUUGGGGGAUCCGUACGGCAGCAGUAGCACGACCACAAGCGGAGGUAGCAGCUCUUCCGGGGGAGUUCACGGUGCUUCGGGGGUUGGAGGUGCGUGCAGUGCGCUGAAGAAGAUUCCGCGCUUCCCCACGACCAGCUACACUAGUCACGCCAAGCUGGAGAUUGGCGAGCCGUCGUCAACGGUGCGACCGUCGCUGGUGCACCACGUCGACAAGACCGUCCCGCUGCCCCUGCUCGAGAGCAACAAGAGCGUGGACAUUACGCCGAUCCAGUUGGGUUCGAGCUACCAGGCCGUCAAGUGCUUCAUGUCCAGCGAUGCGGGAGGGGGAGGGGGCGUAGGGGGAAGUGGCGGCAGCAGCAGCGUUAGCAAGCAAGACCCCAAGCACGUGAUGAUCACCGCCAACAACGCCAAGUACAUCACCACGCAGAACUUUAGCCAGAUGAUUUCGCAAGUAAGUUACGCGGGGCCAAAAUAUUUGGACGAAAACGGCAACUCGGUGCAGCAGUUCAACAGCAGUCUGCUCAGUGGUUCGUCCGGUUCGUCCUCGUCGGCCGCAACGGUGACGAGCUCGGCCAUCUCCUCGGCCGUGUCGUCGGCAGCAGCCGCGGCCGUCGCGGCAGGAGCAGCCGUAGGAAUGGCCGCCGGGGCCAGUGGCAAUAGUGGCGGCGGCGGGGUUGGCAGUGUUCUCGGUACGGUUAGUGGCGGCGGCUCCGCAAGUGGUGGUGGGGCUAGUUCGACCGCCGGCGGUGGCAAGAAGAAGCGCAAUAACAAGUCUGACCGGAACACGGUGCUGGUGAUACCGGAGAAUAUCGCCGGCUGGCGGGGCAAGGAGACGAACAUUGAGGAGCUGGUGAAUUACAUCGACGGGAAGGGGGGCGGUGGUGGGGUCAAUCCGAAGAACGGUACCGUGGUUAAAGUGAGUGGCGGUGGGGGUGGGGGUAACGGGAAUGGAAACGGUUCCACUAGCGGUGCUGGUGGGGCUGUUGAGAAUGGUGUUGCGGAAGAGAAGGCCCCGAAGAAGAAGAGUGAGAAAAAGAAAGAAAAGGCCAAACUGAAAAAGAGCAACUCGCUGGAAGAGCUGAGCAGCUGCAGCCGGAAGAAGCAGCAGGCCGAGGAGGAGCAGCAGAGUCAGGAGAUGGAGGUGACGACGUCGUCACAGAAGCCGGAAGUUGCGGAAACGGUGACGCUUCGAAAGGCUGGCAAGAAGGGAAGUCAGCAGCACCAAACGUCCUCCAACUCGUCCGCGUCGUCGUCCUCGACGACUUCGUCGAACUCUUCCAAGGAAGGUUCCGCAAAUAAUAAGCGAGGCGAGCGGCGUUCGUGGGGCACGGAAGAGUUGGCCUACCUUGAGGAUCAGCAUGUUGUGCAGCAGGAGGAGAAAUCUGCGUCGUCGAAGAAACGAGAGGCCAAAGAACACGCGAGUGAACCGCCAGCCGCUGCCUUGCCUUCGUUCAACCUGGGCAAGAAGCGCGACUCGUUACGGAUGUCGGUGGAAUCGCUGUCGGCGGUUGGUGGAGUGUCGGGAGGAACGGCCGUGGAGGCCGCCGAGUUCCACGUAGUGAUUAAGAAGAAGAAGAUGAAGAAGAAAGCUCAGAGUUUGUUUGCGGAAGAUUCCGGAAUGACCGGCGGGUCGUCCGGAUACGGUGGCGUAUCGAACAAUCGACGGCAAUUGGGCGCCGGUCAGAGUUACAACUCGGCAGGUGGCGCGCGAUCUGCGAACCCGGGUGGCAAGUAUCAGACGAGUCAGAGCUUUGCCAACGAUCGGGACGCGUACAUGAACUCGCUAACUAGCGGAAGUGACGUUUCGCGAAGGAAAUCGACCUCCUCGAUGCCUCCGUCGGAAAAGUCCGACUCGAGCGAUGUCGACUCGGUACAGUCACUGCCCAUCGAGCCCUCGCGGAAGCAGCAGCAGCAACAACCCUCGUCCCAGCAGAAGCAGGGCGGCGCCGGUGGCGUCUCGUACGCGGACAUUGCGGCCCGAAUUCCGCACGCCGAUCGCGUCAACAACAAUCUGCCGGGUGCCGGCGGCGGAGGUUCCAACAGUAGCAACAACAGCAGCAAUAACACCAACACAUCCCCGCUGGACAGUGUCGAAAAGUGGCCUCCGGUCCAGGCGACCAGCCCCGAGGACCUUGCUCAAGCACUCAAGUCACCAUCCGCGUUCCCGGAACUAGUCCCCGAAUCCGAGCAAUAUCAACAGCACCAGUAUGUGAAUAGUAGCGUUAGUAGCGUUAGCAGUAGUACCAACAGCAGUAGCAAUCUAGGAAGUAACAAGGCGACUUACUCGCAAAGUCUGCUGAUUGCGGCGGCGACCACGCCCAAGGCGUCCCUCCCGGAAGAAGCGUCCUCGACGGCGGCCAGUGGCAAACUAGUUAGUAGCGUUAGUAGUGAACAUAAUGUAAAUAGUAGCAACGCUAACGCCAACGCCAACAGCACUUCGAAGCUGGCGUUACACAAAUCCAAGAGUGUCGACAAUAACGACAUUUACUACUCCAACGAGCAUUACCCGGCCCUGGAGAAGACUGUCAAGCCGGCCAAAACGACUUUGACCACGACGACGACGACUCCAUCGAUGGUGGCGGCCGCCGCGCCCGUGGCCACCACCCUUACUGCCAACAGCACCCUGCAAGAACCCAAGCCAGCUUCCGCCGGGAAGACGAGUCCCGUUGCGUUGAUAUCGGUUCCCCCAGUCACGAAUCCAGUCACAGUCGCAAACAGCAGCGUAACCACCAACAACAACGCUUCGAACGGUGCCAAAAAAUCCAAAAAGAAGGAGGCUGCAGUCGCAGCAGUGACGACACCGGCAAACGACGUCGAAUCGAUCAACAACGCGCGGAAUGUUGCUGGCACGACCUUCGGCCAGACGGCGUCGCUGGUUGACGUCCUCAACAACAACAACACCAGCAAUCCGGUGCUGAUUGAGCACGCCGCAGAGAUUGAUUACUCGCAAAACAAUGGAUUGACGACGUCGUCGGCGACGACGACGACGAGCCGGACGAACGGCGGUCCCGGACUUCUGCAGAGCAGCACUCCCAAGACGACUAGCACGACUUCGUCUUCGACGGUGAACAACGUCGGCACGACGACGACGUCCAAGCGGUCCAAAAAGGAAAAGUUUGCCCCGUCCACAACUUCAACCACGAACGCGCCAACUCCGCAACAGCAACACUACCCAUCGUCAACGCAGCCUUCCGCAAACCACCGGCCCGCGGUCAUCAUGAACGACAGCAGCACCGCCGCCAACGAGGCGAACCACCACGAGUUCACCUUUGGCUUCGACAUCGAUCAGGAGCUGCUGUUUGGCGACUGCCCAGAGGACGAGCAGCAGCAGACCUACCAGAAGCCCGUCGACAACAACGUUCCUUCGCCGACGAGCAACACGUCCGUACAGUCGACCGACCUCGGCUACAGCUCAAUGCAGCAGUCGAGCAGUUCCGUCGCGGCGUCCCCGUCGUCGGCGUCCUCUUCCAGCUCGUCGCAGCAGCAGCAGCAACACCAUUAUCACAAUCAGCAGCAGCAGCAACCGGAAACGUACGAGAUGCUCAACUCAACUGACCCUGACACCUACCGGGACAGCAUCGAGCAUAAGUUCCACCAGCCGCCGCCGUCCAUGGUGUUGCCCGGACCUGGUCCACUGUACACGCAACCUCCGCCGCAGCUUCCACCGCCACACGUGCUGGCGCGACAACAGGCUCGUCCUGCCCCGACCACAACCGCCGCAGGACACUACAACUUGCCACCACCACCGGUCCAGCAGCAGCAGCAGCCGCUCCAACCAGCCGUCGUCGACAGUGCCACCAACACGUCCCCACCAACGCUGAUGACGGUUCCGCCGCCGCCACUUCCCAUCCCCGUCGUUGCCACGGCCGUACCCAUCCCGGUCGUGGUGGCCGCUCAGCCACUGCCUGCCGCCGUACCGGUCGUGCUGGUCCCGGCCGGUCCGCCUCCGGUAGCCGUCGUGCCCGUUGCGGUCGCUGCAACCACCCCCAACAGCAUCACUAGUCUCAACAACCAAACCACGAUGACGGUCGCGGUGGCGCCGGUGCCAGUGCCGGUGAACGUAACGGCGGAACCACCCCACCUCGAGUACCAGCCAAAGCCGCAGCGGCAAGCGCAACAGCAGCAGCACGUACCGGCGCAACCUCAGCAAAGUCAGCAGCAGCCAAUCCGGGAGAAGAUCAAGGAGAUUAACCUGCGGUUUAUUGCGCCCGAGCAGCUGCAGACGAACCACAACCACGACAAGAUUGUCAACUUUGUCGGCAUGGCCUGGGAGGACAUAAUCUGUGGCAACAAUGGCAGCGCCAAGUACUACGACGGAAAAUAAGCAGCAACAACCCGAGCCCGGCAAUCAGUGUUGCGUGCCCCGGAUGUAUGUGGUGCGGGGUUUGACAACAAUGUCUCACAAUACACACACACACACAUACAGACACUCACACAUACAUUCACCCGCUAAUACACCGUGUAUAGGAGAAACGAAGAAAAAAAAGAGGGAAGGAAAAAAGUGACUAAAAAAACUAAACAGAGGACAAAACGAGCAAAACCAAGAAUCUAUGUCAGAAGUGUAGAGAGAGAAAAAUACUAAUCAAACAAGAAACAGUGAGCGCGCGCACGUAAAAAAAUGCCAAGCAUUAAAACAAAACAAAAAAAUCCAUCACGCGCACUCUAUCUCUGUUACACAAUAAAUGUUUGUGUACCAGCAGUGCAACGCAACUCGACACUCUCACACACACACAUACGAACACACACACACAUACGAACACACACACACACACGCAUGCGCUCACCACAGACAAAACAAACAAUAUCGAGCGAGGGCUGCUUAGGUUAUAAUAAUAUAUAAUUAUUACUUCUUUUUUUUUGUUUUGUUUUCGUAAGUCAGGAGCGCGCUCUCUCUGGGCCCAUUUUCCCACAAAACCGGUGUGAGUGAAUUGUGUGUGUGUGUGUGAUUGUGGAGAACCGCUAACGCUUGUGCCAGUGGCAGAAAAAAAAAGAUAGGUGGGACAGGACAGAUAAUGCUUGCUUUGUUUAACUAUUAUCAUUAUUAAUUAAUAUUAUUAACCUAUUGUUUAAUUUUAUUCGAGAUUCUUUAGUUUGUUUUUCUUUUUUUUAAUGCCUAUUGUUUCGGAAAGGGAGAGCGAGAGGAGAGAAAAAGUGUGAGAGCAGGAGCAAUUGAGAGAGGAUAGCAAAAAAGUACUAGUGAGAGAAAGAAGAGAAAACAAUGUGAGAGAGCGUGGCGUGAAAAAGGUUAAUAAAGAAGAAUCGUUUUUUUCUGUGUAAUAAAAUCAAACUGCGACUACAAACUCUCGAUAUCAUUACAUUUAGUCAUUGCGCCAGAGCAGAAGAGAGCAGAGAGUGCUUGUGUGGUUGUUUGUUUGUGUGUGUGCAUGUGUGAGAAAGAGAGAAAAAAAAUCAACAUCAACACUAGUAGCAAACAAGUGUCCGAAAAAACACCCAAUGUGAUUUAUAGUAACUAAUCAAUAGGCGCAAAACGCGAAUAAAAAGAAAACUUGAAAAAAAUAACAACAGCUCGUCGUCGCGCGUUGCAGAUCCUCCGGAGAGAGAAAGUGAGAGAGAGCGAGGGAGCGAAUAUCUGUGUCUGUCUGUGUGCGUGACUGCAAGCAAGAGAGAGAGGAGUUGAGAAAAAAAAUGGACUGCAGCUUAAAACUGUAUCAAAGUUACUGACUGUAUUUAAGAAUAUAUAAAAAAAGAAAAAUAAAUUAUAUUUAAAAGAAAAGAGAGAAAAAAUAGAAUGCUUACAUAUUUAGUAAUUAGUAGCAAAGAGAGUAAUCGCGGAAGAAGAGGAGUGGUGAAGUAAAACUAUACAUACACAAGGUAAGAAAAAAGUGUGCGCGAAACGAAAAAUGCGAAAAAAAAAUGAGGACGAUCCACACAUGUUAGAUAGUUUCGGAAACAAUUUACUAAAAAGGCAUAUUAAGUUAUGUAGCAACAACACAACGGAGCAAGAAAAACAACAGCAAAAAAAGGUAAUCGCUGAAUAAAAUGUCCAUCACUGCUGCUACCCCAAUCUAACAAAUCUACUGCGUUACGCGCGUCUUUGUGUAACGCAAGCAAAAUCCUCCCAAGCCCUUGUUCCUUUGAGAAAAGAAGUGGGUGAGAGCAGUUGUCUAGUUUUUUCGCAAAUUUUUAUUUGUUUGUAUUUUGUUUAUUUGAAUGAAAAUUUCUCUGCACACGAUUUUGGGAGCUUUCCAUGCAAUAAAGUUAUGAAAAUUAAAAAAAAACUUUAGGAAGAGAUUUUAUUGUCGAUUUAGUGUCUUCAAGAAAUUACUUAACAAACUUUUUCAACAUAUUAUUUCUCUUAAAAAUAUAUACCAGAGCGUUUGGUACGGUAUGUCUACGCAUCCCUCCUCUCCUGUAGAUUCUGUGAAAUGCGAUCCGUUCACAGAAUCCUCACUGCGGUAAAUACAACGCAGUAGGGCUGGCCGCUUUAAUUUUUGUAAUAGAUUUUCGAGUAAUUGUGACAAGAAAAGUGCUUGGGCGAAAUCUAAUCACAAGACUGGAAGCGUUCUUUUUCAAAUCAUAUGUUAAACCACAUUUUUCUGGAUUUUCUGCACAUUAAAAAAAGAGCACUUUAAAAGUAUGGAAAAUGUAUGAAAAAUAUUUCUACAAACAAUUUGAAGGUGUGUAAAAUAAUUCGACCGAGCCACGUAGCCCAGUGGUAACGCUUCCGCCUCGUAAGCGGUAGAUCGGGGUUCAAAUCCCGGCUCGGACCAACACAACUGGUGAUCUUUUCCCUUCUGGAAUCGAUUGCUUAGUAAAGGGAAGGUAGUGUAUCGUCACAAACUGGACCUUAUCACGACACCUUAGGGAGGCGACCUAUGGAAUGUUAACAUUAACCUUAACAUGUUAACAUUAAGUUGAGAAUGAAACUGCCACUGAAUCCGCUUUGUAAAUGCCGGCCCCGAUACUCUUCAAGGGUGUUCCCCUCAGGAACUGGGAAAGAUUUACUUUUACUUAAAAUAAUUCACAAUCAAUUUUCGAAGUGAAAAUUUUUAAGGUUUGAAAAAAAAGACUUGACAAAGAUUUCUUAUUUCAAAUUUUCUAGAGUAUAUUUUCAAAACAACCUACGAGUCAUGGGAUUCCUAUGUAGAUAGGACCUUUUGAAAAUUGAAUCUAGAUUUGUCGUUUAUAUAUUUUUCAAAAUAAUGGUAUGUUGCUGUUGUCCUAAUAUUUCAAGUGUCAAUCGAUUUAUUCCAUUUUUAAUUCCAAAAUUAUGAAGAAAAAAACUUUUGGUAAAAAAUCAAAAUAUUAAAAUCUGAAACAUUUGAAUAUAAAAUUUAAUUUAGAAAUUUCACGAGAGAUUCAGUUUUUUUCCGAAAAUAUCUCAAUUGUUUUUUUUAAAUCGUAUCUAAUACAAAUUAUACUUUCCCAUAAUUUCGUAGCCGGCCGAAGUAUGAACACUUAGCACCGAGUCAUAACAAAAAAUCGAAGUAGUUAUAUCUGACAAUAAUCGGAAUGACGUAAAGGUCCACGUGAGAUUGGUCGGCUUUUUGUCAGCAGCGACCAAGUCUUUGGUACUUGAAAUUGUAAUCUGUGUUUGGGAAUCGCUUGGUUUUUCAAUUUUUUUUUAUUUCGAUUGUAUUCAAGUGCUUUCCAACAAAAGUAGUCCAGGGACGGAAUCUUUUUCGCUUGCAAACUUUCUUCGCCCGCGAAAGAGAGAAGAGGCGAAACACGCAAAAGAAAAUCGCUUCCGAACUUCUCGAAGAAAAUCAAUCAGUAGAUGAUUUUUUGUGUAUUUCUUUGUUAGCAACACUUGAAUAACUUUAUUUCGCUUUCUUUGCAAACAUUGUUCAUCUGCGAACAGUGACAGGUAAUUUUUGGACGUGUGACUUUAAACCUGCAGGUGUGUGAAAUCGGUGUUCCGCCGAAUAUUUCUUGAGUUUUUUUUUGUUUCACCGAUCUUUCGUGCGCGAGAGAGAGGAGAGCCAUGUUUCUUCUCGAUUUUUCUCUUGAUGAGCGUCAAAAGAUUUUCUUUUGAGGCUUACGUCAAAAAGUCCUUAUUUUUAUUUUAUGCGUUGUAACUUCUUCUAGUUAAACAAGGUCCAAUAUUGAAAUAUUGAUAAUUUUUUUAAAAAAAUCAUGCACUUUUUUUAGAGGCGGAUUUUUUGUUGAAAAUUUAAUUUAAGAUAAAAAAAUUUAUAUUUUUGAAACCAAAACCAAAAUAUUUAAAAAAAAUCGGUUAUGCACAAAAGCUCAAAUCUAGAGUUUUUUUAAGUCAAAAGUCCUAUAAGAUAUGGAAUAUCCUAUGUUUGAGGACCCUUUUCAAAUAAAACUAUAGAAAUGUUGUUUUUUACCCUUCAGAAUCUGAAUUUUCACUAUAAUCAAAUUCUUUCAUCAAACUUGGAGUUUGUCGGAACCAAGGCAAAAGGUUGUUUUUAAUGAUAUUCAACAAGAUUGUAUUUUUUAAAAGAGCAUACCUCAGAAAAUCUUAUUUACAAUAUACAGUUUUUUUUAAAUUAUAUUUUCAGACCAGAUCUUGACUAACAGCUCUUGAAAUUCAGUGGUUGAAACGAUCAAAUAAAUAAUAUUAAAGGCUUCUUUGAACAUAAAAAAUAUAUAGACAAAGUUUCAAUCAAAUAAAAAUAAACAACCAAAAAUCGAUUUGCGAAAAUUUAGAGAACUUCUCAAAAACCCAAACCGACAGAAUAAAUAAUUUUAAAAAAGAUGUAAAAAAAGGAGUGAAAAAAAAUGAGAUGGAAAAAGUAGAACCGAGACUCAUCCACGUAACGCAUCUUGUCAUCAUCGUUAGUAGUUAUCCUUAUUAUUAUUAACUAAAAAUGAGAGCGAGCGCGCGAGCGAGAGCGAGAAAACAAUACACACAACACACAACAUUGCAAUCAAAAAUCACCCAUUCACACUACUAAAUCAUGCAAGAGAAAGAGAGCGAGAGACACACACCUCAAAAACAGUUCAUCCCAUAUUUCAGUGCAACGCGGAAACAAGUGGAGAUACAAAAAAGUAAGCAAAAUAAGAGAAAGAGAGAGUGCGAAGAGAGAAGUUUGUUUUUUGUUUCUUGUUGUUGAUUUGUGUCAAAAGCAAACAAACCGAACAAGCGCGAUCGUUUUCCGUUUUGUCACGUGUGUGUGUGCGAGAGAGAGCGCGAAACUGGGCGAGUUGCGAGAGCGCGAAUUGAAGCAAGCGUUGAGCGUGAAAGCAUGCGAUAGCAACCUGUUUUGAGAGCGAUUCAAGAGUUUGGUUUAGUCGGAACCAAAAUCCUCGUUUGAGGAGAAAAUAAAAUAAAAAGUAACUCUUAUUUUUGUUUGUUAAAUAAUUAUUAAGGUACACCGGCGGAGAAGAAAGUGGCAAUGAGAGGGAGCCAAUCUUACGGAGAGGAUGAGAUAGCGUAUGAGUUGAUGAGAGAGAAAGAGAGCAAGAAAGGAUUCAACACACACACACUUUACCCUAUAUAGGGUCAACAAAUCAAGAUUUCGCUAAACGUUGGAAGAUGGCUCUAGCUUUUGUUGUGCGCGCUUCGAGAAAAAAGAGCGAAAGAAUGAGUGUGAGAGUGAAAGAGUGCUUUCGAUGGGCAUAUGUGAUUAACCUAUGUAAAAUAAUAUUUAAAAAUGAGUAGGACAAAAAAACUAUCUCUAAAAAAACUCUAUUCAAGCGGCGGGCAAUGUGAGUGAAUGCGCGACUGUGUGAGAGAGCGGGAAAGCGUGAAGAUGGUGAGCAAGAGUUAUUAAACUAAUAUUAAAUUAAACAAAUAAAUCGCGUGUGUUCAGUGGUGUGAAGAACAAAAACCAGCAGAUUUUUCCGCUUUUUUGUUGCGCACGCGCGCGCGACUCUUUAGAGCCGCAGAGACAGUGCUGCGGAGAGGGAGAAUAAAGUAACAGAGCGUUUGACUGUGUGAGUGAGAGAGUGAUUGAGUGCAAACGAGAGCAAAAAAGAAUCGCGAAUGAGUGAAAUGAGAGUGGAAAAAAAUCUAUAAAUAAGUCACAGUGGCAUACCGAAGAAGAGAGAACUGCAUUAUAGACUAACUGAGAAGAAAGAAAGAGAGAAGUGAAAUAAAAAGAUCAGACAAUGUCGGAACGCCAAUUUCGAAGAGAAAUAAAAAAAAUCACAACUCAUACAUCCUGGUGAAGAAUGAUGAAGAUGGAAACAAUGGAACAAAAGCCGAAAUAAAGAAAGAGAGAGAGAGA